GCUUGGGGCUGAAAUCGCAAUGCUGCGGGGAUCAGGCGAGGAAGAUGAAGAAGGAAACCCUAUUCUUCCAGAAAUAGACGACAGAUUUCUCACAGUGGGGCAAAGGCUCCGGCGCCUGCGUGACGCCAGGGAUAAUCUUGAACGCGAGAAGCAGAGGGCGCAUUUGGAGUACAGUCGACAGGUGAAAAGCAAUCUCCGAGAACGAAAACGUUUCGUUCUGGCGGAGAAACGGGCCGGACGCAUUGCCAAAUCUAUGGACACCAAACAGCUCGUGGAGGCAUUGAAAGAGAGGGGUUAUGCGACCAAGGGAUCAGAACAGUUGGACCAGCUUAGGCGUGUAUUCAUUGAGGGCAUUCAGCCAGAGAUUCGCGUCCGCCUUCACGCUACUUCAAGAUGGACUAAGAGCAGAAACAAGCACCGAGAGAGGACGGACACCGUUGAAGUCGGCGAGAUCGUUGCGAGGAGGCAACAACUCACGUCGUCAAAGCGGGUCACUCCAUUUUCUCCCUCGCCAAUCACCAGGCUCAACGUGCGACACGCCGCCACCGUAUGA